CGCCGCCGUCGUCCGACAUGCUGACCCGCGCUGUCCUGUGCCUCGCCCUGGCCGCCGUGGUCAGGGUGGGCGCCGACGUCCCCGAGGAGGAGGACAACGUCCUGGUUCUGAAGAAGAGCAACUUCGCCGAGGCGCUGGCGGCGCACAAGUACCUGCUGGUGGAGUUCUAUGCCCCUUGGUGUGGCCACUGCAAAGCUCUGGCCCCUGAAUACGCCAAAGCCGCUGGGAAACUAAAGGCAGAAGGUUCUGAGAUUCGACUAGCCAAGGUGGAUGCCACUGAAGAGUCUGAGCUGGCUCAGCAAUAUGGUGUGCGUGGCUACCCCACAAUCAAGUUCUUCAAGAAUGGAGACACAGCCUCCCCCAGGGAGUACACAGCUGGAAGAGAAGCUGAUGAUAUCGUGAACUGGCUGAAGAAGCGCACAGGUCCUGCUGCCACCACCCUGUCUGACGUUGCAGCUGCAGAGUCCUUGGUGGACUCCGGCGAGGUGGCCAUCAUAGGUUUCUUCAAGAACAUGGAGUCAGACUCUGCCAAGCAGUUCUUGCUGGCAGCAGAGGCCAUUGAUGACAUACCAUUUGGGAUCACUUCCAACAGUGAUGUGUUCUCGAAAUACCAGCUUGACAAAGAUGGGGUGGUUCUCUUUAAGAAGUUUGAUGAAGGCCGGAACAACUUUGAGGGAGAAGUCACCAAAGAGAAGCUGCUAGACUUCAUCAAGCACAACCAACUGCCUCUGGUCAUCGAGUUUACUGAGCAGACAGCCCCGAAGAUUUUUGGUGGUGAAAUCAAGACGCACAUCCUGCUGUUCCUGCCCAAGAGUGUGUCUGACUAUGACAGCAAACUGAGCAACUUCAAGAGAGCGGCUGAGGGCUUCAAGGGCAAGAUCCUGUUUAUCUUCAUCGACAGCGACCACACUGACAACCAGCGCAUCCUGGAGUUCUUCGGCCUAAAGAAGGAAGAGUGCCCGGCCGUGCGGCUCAUUACUCUGGAGGAGGAGAUGACCAAGUACAAGCCCGAGUCAGAUGAGCUGACUGCAGAGAAGAUCACGGAGUUCUGCCAGCACUUCCUGGAGGGCAAGAUCAAGCCCCACCUGAUGAGCCAGGAGCUGCCUGAAGACUGGGACAAGCAACCUGUCAAAGUGCUGGUUGGGAAGAACUUUGAGGAGGUCGCCUUUGAUGAGAAAAAGAAUGUCUUUGUUGAAUUCUAUGCCCCUUGGUGUGGUCACUGCAAGCAGCUGGCCCCCAUUUGGGAUAAAUUGGGAGAAACAUACAAGGAUCAUGAGAAUAUCAUCAUCGCCAAGAUGGACUCAACAGCCAAUGAGGUGGAAGCCGUCAAAGUGCAUAGCUUCCCUACGCUGAAGUUCUUCCCUGCCAGUGCAGACAGAACGGUCAUCGAUUACAAUGGCGAGCGGACACUAGAUGGUUUUAAGAAGUUCUUGGAGAGUGGUGGCCAGGAUGGGGCAGGGGAUGAUGAUGACCUUGACCUUGAAGAAGCUGUAGAGCCAGACAUGGAGGAAGACGAUGAUCAGAAAGCUGUGAAGGAUGAACUGUAACUGAGAAGCCGGACCUGGGCACCCAACCUGACACCUUGGUGGGCUGCACUGUCAGCUGCCCCAGCCUCCGGAUCCUGACCCUCACCCAAGGAGGGAUCGUCAUCAGAACCCAGGGAAUCUUUCUGAAGCCACACUCAUUCUAACAUAUGUACACAUUAACCCAUCUCUUGCUUUUCAGUUUUUGGAAAGGGAUUUUUUUCCAGGCCAGCCCAUCUUGGAGGGCUACUUUUUUUUAAUGGUGAUGUACUUUUUUGUACAUGGGUUUUGUCCUCAGUGCUCGCUAAAAUGUUGGGAUUUCACACUGGUGAUGUCUCUUUCCUGUUAGAGAGGGUUAUACUAUCACUUGAGAAAAUUCCAUCUGUGGGACUUGAGACAUUUUUCGACAUCAGGGUAUUUGUUCCACCGCUGCUGGGCCUCCUUGAGACCUCUGCCCUGUGUGGGGAGGGUGGAUCUGGACUGGACAUGGUCACUCUCCACCUUGUGCCAGUAUUGCCAUGGUAGCAUGGCUUUUGCAAUUUUUGGUUAACCAGAGACUUCCGGAUCCUGUCAGGGUGGGUUUCCAUGUGUGAAAGGGGGACAAUGGUGGCUGACUACAGGCCCAGGUAAGGCCUCGACGGCUCCCCUUACCCACUUGGAGCCAGGACUCCCAGCCUGUCUACCACGGACAGUGUAGCUCGGACAGCUGGGUUCUUUUCCAGCAUGGCUUAUGGCCUUGUGUAGCAGAACCAGAACCCUCAAUUCCCAGGCUGGGAGACAGCCACGGACUGUGGGGCAGAACUGAAACUUGCCCAUUCUUCAGGCAUUUCUACCAUACCGGAAUUGAAUACAUUGGCCAAAUAAAGUUGAAAUUUUA